CCAACUUGUACGUAUCACUUCGACUCAGUUUUGCUCAGCAUUGCUUGUAGCCAAUAGAAAGCGGUGCUACAAAACACGAUUUAAGCAGGUCCAUACCAAGGUCCUCCUCCCUCGAGCGUGUAACCUUCGCUGCCCUUUCUCCAAUUCCACCCUCUCCACCAAAUCAACCAACAGAAAUCCCCAAAAAAAUCAAAAUCCCGAUUGAAGCUUAUUCGAAGACCCCCCAAAUUUCCUUUCCCAAACAAAUUCUCAUCGAUCUAUUUUGCACGGCUCCUUGUCAAUCGAGAAAAAAAAAUCUUUUGCCAUAUACGAAAUUUGUACAGAAUAAAUUUAUGAUCGGAUGCGAUGUAUAGCAAUUUCAAAGAACAAGCGAUCGAGUAUGUACGGCAGGCCGUGGCGGAGGAUAAUGCCGGGAACUACGCCAAGGCCUUCCCUCUGUACAUGAACGCCCUCGAGUAUUUCAAAACCCACCUCAAGUACGAGAAGAACCCCAAGAUCAAGGAGGCCAUCACGCAAAAGUUCACAGAGUACUUGAGGCGGGCCGAGGAGAUCCGGGCCGUGCUCGACGAGGGCGGGUCGGGCCCCACAUCGAAUGGGGACGCGGCUGUGGCGACCCGGCCCAAGACUAAGCCCAAGGACGGCAAUGAUGGGGAGGAUGGGGAUAAGGAGAAGCUGCGGUCGGGGCUGAAUUCAGCUAUUGUUAGGGAGAAGCCUAAUGUUAAGUGGAACGAUGUUGCGGGCUUGGAGAGUGCCAAGCAGGCGCUUCAGGAAGCUGUGAUUUUGCCCGUGAAGUUCCCCCAGUUUUUUACUGAGCGUAUGUAUAAGAUAUUAAUGUUAUUGAUUGAAGUUGUUGAAUCAGGCAAGAGGCGCCCGUGGAGGGCUUUUCUUUUAUAUGGUCCUCCUGGUACUGGAAAAUCAUACUUAGCCAAGGCAGUUGCCACUGAAGCCGACUCGACAUUCUUCAGUGUUUCUUCUUCAGAUUUGGUUUCGAAGUGGAUGGGUGAAAGUGAAAAGUUGGUCUCAAAUCUCUUUCAAAUGGCUCGUGAGAGUUCCCCGGCCAUCAUAUUUAUUGAUGAAAUAGAUUCCUUGUGUGGUCAGCGUGGGGAAGGGAACGAGAGCGAAGCUUCGAGACGGAUCAAAACAGAAUUGCUGGUCCAGAUGCAGGGUGUGGGACACAAUGAUGACAAAGUUCUCGUUCUUGCUGCAACAAAUACUCCCUAUGCUCUUGAUCAGGCCAUCCGACGACGUUUUGAUAAGCGCAUUUACAUCCCACUUCCUGAUCAGAAAGCAAGACAACACAUGUUUAAAGUGCAUUUAGGAGAUACCCCUCACAACUUGAAUGAAAGUGACUUUGAAGCCCUAGCACGUAAAACAGAAGGUUUUUCUGGUUCAGAUAUUUCUGUUUGUGUCAAGGAUGUCUUAUUUGAACCUGUACGUAAAACACAAGACGCCAUGUUUUUCACCAAGACUUCUAAUGGUUUGUGGAUGCCAUGUGGGCCUAAGCAACCGGGUGCAGUCCAGAUAACUAUGCAGGAGCUUGCUUCACAAGGACUUGCUGCAAAGAUAAUCCCACCUCCCAUAUCAAGAACGGACUUUGAUAAGGUGCUCGCAAGACAGAGGCCAACAGUGAGCAAAUCUGAUCUCGACGUGCACGAGAGGUUCACAAAGGAAUUUGGCGAGGAAGGUUAAAGAAAACACUACAAAUGAUGAGAUACAUAUUCACGUGUUCUUGCCAUUUGCUUUGCUUGUUGUGUUUUUAUUGGCGGACCCCUUAUUAAUGUGAAGAUGACACAACCCUCUUGCCUUUUCCUCAAGUACUGGGCAGGAAAUGAGCCUAAACUUGUUGGGUGUGCUUGUAUUUAUCGAUGUGUUGACACAUUGGACCGUGUUUUUAUUGAACAUUGUUGAUAUGGUUUGUAUGCACUUGGCACAAUUCUAGUUGCAAUAUGGAAUUGUAUCAAUAAGUUAAUCUCUUGUUCUGUGGGAAUUUCUUGAGUGACAAAUGCAUUCUCAGUGUGAGUGUUAUGCUCUGGAAUUUAUUAUGUUUCAAAAGUUCAUGAGUGUUUAUAGUGUUACAAGUGGCUAAAAGGAGGUAUAAAUUGUGUCUAGGGUUUGGGUGGAAGAGAAGUUGGGAUCAAAAGUUCAUGAUUAAUGAGGACGCUUCAACCCCUGUAAAUAUUUACGAUAUUAUUCUCUCAGAGCAUUAUUUAAAGUUUAUUUGGUU